CAAAUUAUGUUGCGUCAUAGAGCUUUCAACGUUUUGUUAUGUUUUCAGAAACCUUAUCAGCAGCGUCGACGAGUGAAUUCAGUUUAGUUUAUCUUCCGUAACAGCAACAGCAAAUUAACUUGGUUCAGUGCGAUUUAACGACGGUUGUUUAGUGUUGAUAUAGCAAAUAACAGAUUUUCAAAGCAUUAGUGAGUGAGUAAAGCAUUAGUCGAAAUGAUCAAUAAGGGAUUUAGGCGUUUCAAACGGACCACUGCCACGGCAGAUCAAGUUUAUUCAGGUGAAGGUGAACUGGUCCCGCACCCACCACCCAACGUGACCUCUAGUAAUGAAAUUCUUGAGAGUGAUCGUCGUCCCCCCAUCUUAAAUGAGUCGGAGUGUGGGGAGAUCCUUAGCGGUGUCGCUGUCCCACACCCACCACGCGGCAGAAGAGAUUUCUGCAAAAAAUUUCUCGAAGAGCAUAAGGAUAACCAUUCUCCGUACCGCGAUACAAUUAAUACCUGGUCUAGAAAGUUGCCACAUCACCUUAGCUUGUGUGAUGGGGUCCAGCAACAAGAAUCGAUCAAGUUGAAGCCUGCGGGCCAUAAAAUUCUUCCCCCCAUCUCGAAGAAGAUUGACCCGAGGAAGAUAAUUAACGGUGUUAGGCAACCGAGGCUAAAGGACUGUGUCCCGCAGCCACCACCUAGUGGGACCUCCAAGAUAAUUCCUGCGCCCCAAAAAUUCCUACCCCCUAUCUCAAAUGGGAAGGGUGCUGUUAACAUAGUCUCCCAUCAAUCCACUGCCCUCCCUAUUAAAAAACAAAACGGUGUCCCUGUCCCACACCCUCCAUCCGAGAGGAGUUUACUUUGCCGGAAUCUAAUCAAAGAGCAGAAGGACAACGUUUCGCCACAACGUGAUACGUUUUCCACCUGGUAUAGGAGACCGGUGCAAUUGCCGGAUUUAUUGGACGUAGACGUCUGUGAUCCAGAGCUGCACCCAACUCACGAGACCUCUGAGGUCGCAGAUGUUGAAGUCCUUCAAGCCCCACAGCGAUCUUCUGAGUGGUUUGCAUUUUGCAAAAAUUUUAAAGAAGAAGAACAGAAGGACAGGCCUUCUGCGCGUCAGGAUACCUUCUCCUCCUGGUGUAGGCAACUCCCGAAAGUGAGGAGAAAGGACGGCGUCACAGAUCCCAGUGACUUCAGAUUUUCAAGGCUCUCUCAACUGCCAGAACAUGAGAAGGAAAAGGAUCAUGAGGAGGAAAUUGGUAAACUAAAGAGCGUUUUAAUGGAAGAGGUAAGAAGGGAGCAGGAAAGAAGGAAGAAGAGCCCUAAAUCUCAGCACUGCAAAGACGCUGACUCCCCGCCAGAACAGGAAGAAUCAGAAACGUUUUCCAGACGUCUGGCAAAGGGAUGUUGGGAUCAUCGGUGCUUACAGAGGCUGAUUUCAGACGUUGAAGCUAUUCAGAGAGAAGAAUCGAGAGGUUUACCUGUGAGCUCUUGGAAACCGAGGGAUCUUCUUGCGAGAUCUCGGAAACUGAGAGGUUUAUCUGUGAGCUCUCGGAAACCAAGUGCUUUACUUGUGAGCGCUCAGAAAGAGAGGGAUUUACUUGUGAGCUCUCGUAAACCGAGGGAAUUGCUUGAGAUCUCUCGGAUAUACAGGGAUGUACCUGAGAGCUCUCGGAAAUCGAGCAAGUCAUCUCAUAGGUCGGAACGAUCAGCAGCCUCUACAGUUUCCUUGAACACCACAGAUAACAACAAGUUGCUAAGGAAACUUCAUCAACUGCAGACGCAUUUGCACUUCACAUUGAAAUCUUUCAUUGAUGAGAGUCAAAAGGUUCAGGAGAUAGACAGACUCAAUGUUCAUGUGGAUCUAACGCCUGAACUAGAAUACGUGAGGAUCGAGAAGUCUUUAGAAUUCUACGGAAAGUACAAAGAGCUUUGCCUUAACCUCAAGCUUCCUGAGUGGCAAGAAAAGUUCCAUUUGGACCCAAAGGACCCGUUUCACUUCGAGAACCCUCAGGACUUGAUAGACUGGAUUAAGUGCAUAGGAUUGUCCGAUCUUGUGGACGACUAAGAUCUUCAAAUCAGGCUGCAAUUGAAAAAAGACAGGUCAGGUGUACCCGACAGGUACCCGACAAGUAUUCCGAUUUAUUUUACAUUUCAAACGGCUCACAAUUCUAGAAAUGCCACUGGCUGGCGGAUCGUUCACACCACGCCUCGUCUUACCGUUCCCUAAGAGACGGUCCCACCGUCUUGUUCCUACACCACGCGCCGGAAACGGUGCGUGGUGAUGAUGAGAUACUGCAAGCUCUGUUCUUGGGUAUGACAGACCCAUGUUGGAGUCUGACGGGGUCAGUUCCCUGUGCGUGACCACCGACUCGGAGAGGUUGAACGCUUCAGCGAACGUCGGGGGUGAAUGGGGGUUCCCAUGUUUGUUACUCCGCCAGCUUCGGCUCGCGGGUCAUCCAUGCCCCGACACGCUCACCUGGCUCGUCCCCGAUGGGCGGUGGUGUACCGUCCCAUAUCGGGCAAGACUCGACAACGUGCUCUGUCAUAACAUCUGAUAGCUACCUCCGGUCAUCAGAUGCGAAGCCCCUUGGAGCUCCCGCCUCCGGGCGGUCGAGCCCAAGAGCAGGCAACGCAGAGAUGACGGCCGUGCUUCCCCGGGCCGGAGAUGCACGUUGAGCUCACUAGACGUGGAGUAUGCCGAUCGUGGCAUGCUCCUGUCUGAUGCAAAGCCCCUUAGAGCUCCCACCUCUGGGUGGUCGAGCUCAAGAGGCAACGCAAAAGUGAUGGCCGUGCUUCGUCGGACUUCCCCGGAGAUCCACGUGGAGCUCAUUAGACGUGGAGUAUGCCGUCCGCGAGUGCUCCUGUCUGAAGGGCUCAGGUAGCUGUUACUUUCCUGGACAGUGAAGGUAGCUAAGGGCUAUAUUGACCACCCAGGUGGACUAGCAGCCGUGGUGCACCACGGAUGCUGCCACUUGGAGUCGACCAAGUCUCCCUUCCAGGGCAUGUAGCUCUUCGACACUUGUGUUGAGGAGUUAUAAUGCUGUGGGUUAAGCUGCUUUAACCAUCCACGCUAUGGCGGUCAAUAGGGUCCAAAACUUUAUGGCGACCCAUCGGGUCAUAUGCCAGAGCGUUUGGAUCUGGUUGAUGGGAAGGUCGACCUGGCUGCGCACCGCCACAGGCCUCGCGCCUCGAGCGACGAAGGUCAGGACGUGUGCUCUGGGUCGGACGAUGUCCACGAUAGUGGUCCAAGGAUCUGUAGCUCAACAUUGUGCGAUGAAGCUCGGAAGGUCCGCCUUCUAGGGCACCGCGCAAACAGGGCUGUAUGGUGACACUGUGGAGAUAUUCUAUGGUGAAGAAGCAGACUGUUCCGUGACCCGACCAUCUAUGGAUUAUUGAGGUCCUGAGCACAGCCUGCCCUCCGUCAUGCCCCGCCUCCCCGCGGUGGCCCCUCUGAUACUGGGCCCUCCAAGGAUGGCGAGACUCGACAACGUGCUCUGUCAUAACAUCUGAUAGCUACCUCUGGUCAUCAGAUGCGAAGCCCCUUGGAGCUCCCGCCUACGGGCGGUCGAGCCCAAGAGCAGGCAAGGAAGAGAUGACGGCCGUGCUUCCCCGGGCCGGAGAUGCACUUUGAGCUCACUAGACGUGGAGUAUGUCGUUCGCGCCAUGCUCCUGUCUGAUGCGAAGCCCCUUAGAGCUCCCACCUCUGGGUGGUCGAGCUCAAGAGGCAACGCAAAAGUGAUGGCCGUGCUUCUUCGGACUUCCCCGGAGAUCCUCGUGGAGCUCAUUAGACGUGGAGUAUGCCGUCCGUGGCGUGCUCCUGUCUGAAGGGCUCAGGGAGCUGUUACUUUCCUGGACAGUGAAGGGCUAUGUUGACCACCCAGGUGGACUAGCAGCCGUGGUGCACCACGGAUGCUGCCACUUGGAGUCGACCAAGUCUCCCUUCAAGGGCAUGUAGCUCUUUGACACUCGUGUCAAGGAGUUAUAAUGUUGUGGGUUAAGCUGCUUUCACCCUCCACGCUAUGGUGGUCAAUAGGGUCCAAAACUUUAUGGCGACCCAUCGGGUCAUAUGCCAGAGCGUUUGGAUCUGGUUGAUGGGAAGGUCGACCUGGCUGCACACCGCCACAGGCCUCACCCCUCAAGCGACGAAGGUCAGGACGUGUGCCCUUUGGUCGGACGAUGUCCACGAUAGUGGUCCAAGGAUCUGUAGCUCAACGUUGCGUGAUGAAGCUCGGAAGGUCCGCCUUAUAGGUCACCGCGCAAACAGGGCUGUAUGGUGACACUGUGGAGAUAUUCUAUGGUGAAGAAGCAGACUGUUCCGUGACCCGACCAUCUAUGGAUUAUUGAGGUCCUGAGCACAGCCUGCCCUCCAUCAGCCCCGCCUCCCCGCGGUGGCCCCUCUGGUACUGGGCCCUCUAAGGAUGGCAAGACUCGACAACGUGCUCUGUCAUAACAUCUGAAAGUUACCUCCGGUCAUCAGAUGCGAAGCCCCUUGGAGCUUUCGCCUCCAGGCGGUCGAGCCCAAGAGCAGGCAACGCAGAGAUGACGGCCGUGCUUCCCCGGGCCGGAGAUGCACGUUGAGCUCACUAGACGUGGAGUAUGCCGUUCGCGCCAUGCUCCUGUCCGAUGCGAAGCCACUAAGACCUCCCACCUCUGGGUGGUCGAGCUCAAGAGGCAACGCAAAAGUGAUGGCCGUGCUUCUUCGGACUUCCCCGAAGAUCCUUGUGGAGCUCAUUAGACGUGGAGUAUGCUGUCCGCGGCUGUUACCUUCCUGGACAGUGAAGGUAGCUAAGAGCUAUGUUGACCACCCAGGUGGACUAGCAGCCGUGGUGCACCACGGAUGCUGCCACUUGGAGUCGACCAAGUCUUCCUUCCAGGGCAUGUAGCUCUUCAACACUUGUUUAGAGGAGUUAUAAUGUUGUGGGUUAAGCUGCUUUCACCCUCCACGCUAUGGUGGUCAAUAGGGUCCAAAGCGUUAUGGCGACCCAUCGGGUCAUAUGCCAGAGCGUUUGGACCUCGUUGAUGGGAAGGUCGACCUGGCUGCGCACCGCCACAGGCCUCGCGUCUCGAGCGACGAAGGUUAGGACGUCGGACGAUGUCCACGAUAGUGGUCCAAGGAUCUGUAGCUCAACCAUGCGCAAUGAAGCUCGGAAGGUCCGCCUUAUAGGUCACCGCGCAAACAGGGCUGUAUGGUGACACUGUGGAGAUAUUCUAUGGUGAAGAAGCAGACUGUUCCGUGACCCGACCAUCUAUGGAUUAUUGAGGUCCUGAGCACAGCCUGCCCUCCAUCAGCCCCGCCUCCCCGCGGUGGCCCCUUUGAUACUGGGCCCUCCAAGGAUGGCGCGUCAGAGAUGCGGAGCCCCGCAGGAGGAGGCCUCUACCCUGUUGGGUAACCGCCUCAGAGCGGCCCUGACAGGAGAGCCGUGGGAUGGUGAGUGCACUCUCUCUCCGGGCUUCUCCCCAGUGAUAUCGCUGCCUUCCACAAUCUCCAUGUGACUUUGCGUCGGCCGGCGGUAACACUAAGCAGGUAAGUAGGCAGAGCAGUCAACCUCUCCGGGGUCCCACCCUGUGUAAGGUUACCCCUCUCUCGGCCACUAACCAGCCUCCCUGGCACGGUGAAGCAGAUCAUCCUCCGGUUUCGCUACCACGGCACCAGCCCGUUAUGCAAGCUAGAGGACGAUCCAUCUAGGUUAUGUGAUCCAUUUUCAUCAGGCACCCGCCAAGUUCGGGGCAUUCUACUAAGGGGGAAGCUCCCGUGCUCAAGCCGAGGUUGCUGCUUCUGGCGGGAAGUGCGGUUGAACCUGUCCCUCUAACCGAAACGUCUUCCGAGCCGGACUUCAUAGUGCCUUUAAGGGGGGGGAGGCUGCUCCCCUCUCUGUAUCGAGCUGAUACAGAAGCGCAUCUUGGCGACAAGAUUGUCUGUCGCAAUCGACCCGUAGGUCCCUUACUCUUUAGUCUCAUUCCUUCCGCGACAAUUCAUGUUGAAGGAAUAACGUAUCAGUACUAGGUCGGUCCCUGUCUCCACUCACGGUCACGGGGACCUUGUGCUUCGGCACCUAGACCUUCUGGCCUAUGGAUUAACUGGGAAAGAGCAAGCUUUUCCAUAAGAGCGGGAGCUCCUCUUAUCUCUGUGUGGAACUAGACUCUGCCCUUAUACAGCAUGCUCACCCACGAGUUUUCUGCAGUCGGUGUUGAACUGGAUGAAUCUGGUCAGCCGGACUCCGGGUCCCGCUGAUCACUUCAGAGGCUCCUGGGCACGUGGCAUCCUCGAUGGGUAGCCCGCUUGAGUUGAUGCACGUACAGCCACUUCAGCACUGGCCUCAGAGUCAGGUUCCUGGGAUGGCGGCACACCGGCACCAGGCGGAUUGGGGCUACGCCUCAGUGUCUACGCACCCCAGACCCUGGUCAGAUCUGACCCUUCUCCGAGCUAGGCAUUCUCGGGAGGUCCGAGGUGCGUCAAGCGCCUCCCUGCGGGGUGGGGUGUAGUGUGCAACGGGCAGGCAGUGACAGGUUCCCUACUGCCUAGAUUUUUUUGGCAGUGCCCUUGGCACUAGACCUCUAGUACAGGACAAAGCGUGCUAGUCCGGUCGUGUGCAAAGUCGGAGAAGAGUGGCGUCACGUACUGUUGUUGCGCCUUACUGGUCCAACCAGACUUGACUCUCAGACGUCUCAGUUCUGAUGACAGCCCCCUCUGGCCGAUUCCCCUGACCAAGCCUUCUCGCAGGGGAAGGGCAUGGUUGGCACCCCAGGCCAGGCCUCUGGUACAAAUUGCUUUAAAGCCCAAUAGGCAGUAUAACUCGCGGAGGGUCCGUGACAUGAACGCCGUGCCUUGAUCCGUGAGAUCCUCCUUCGGGAUUCCCAAGCGGGAGACGAUUCGAAAGAGGGCGUCCACAACACUCUUAGCCGAAAUGCUGCGGAGAGCUACUGCUUCGGGGUAUCGUGUCGCAUAGUCUACUACAUCCAGUGCGAAAACGUCUCAUGCAGUUAUCAUAGGCUAUUGAAAUCAUUUAAAUGUGCAUUUAUUUAUUAAGAGAUCACUAGUGUAAUAUAUUGUAACAAGGUUCGUUGUGAAGGAAGAAAGGAGGCGGGUCGGUUUGGCUGGGAAUCACGUAAGUUUAAUUCCAUACACACACAAAAGAAUAACACUUCCGGGUUCAAUGACCCGUUUUCUCGGUCCGUUCUACAUCUCUUCUGUUGAUGAAUUUUUCUGCUCGGGUAUAUCCUGGACGCACCGUCUCUGUACCUCCCGAGUAUCGUGGCUUCCCAGCGUGCUUCUCUCUCCCCGUCUGCUUCCUCUUUCGAGCCUUAAAUGCGUCUCCUCGCCAAUUACUAGAACGAGAAGCAGGUGUUUUCAAUAUAGCGUUGAUCUGCUUACUCACCGUCGUUCUCCCGACACGCCCCCCUGCCGCAGAACGUGCUAAACCACGCCUUUAGGAAUAGAUUCGUGCAACUCAUAAGGAUACUUCAUCCUAAAAAAUACAAUUUCUUUUUUUUUAUUUCGCUCCCAGACCAUCUGAGAUGUAGGUGAGUAGUGAGUUUCUUGAGAAGAAAAUCUUCUUUUGAGUAAAUCCUCAGCCCCUGUGAUUCAUAUAAUGGAUGUGAAUGGCUGCCAUCAAGAGUUGUAAAAGCACAUAUAUCCAACAUAAGAGCGAUCCCUGUGACUCCUGUAUCGAAAGCCAGCAGGAUCACAAUUCCCAUGCUUUGGAUCGCCAUAUUAAUAUUAAAACGCUGAUUUCUUAACGACGCCUGGUAUUAAAUUAACGUCAUACGCUGCCACGCGUUUAAGUAACGCCGUGUGCCGAUCGACGUUAAGUUAACAUCACACAUCACUCAAAAUGCUAAUUUAUUAGCUAAUAUACAUAGCCCCCCUCUUCUGGGUUUGCGCGCUCUACGGCAAGUCGGAGGCCCAUGUCAUCUCAAAUCCAUAUCCCGCUUAAUUUGUGGAGAAACAAAAAAAGGAAAGAAAUUAAAGAAAAACCCUCUGAAAAUAAAAUCAUAUCACAAAAAAUAGACAAGACAAGAUGGCGGAACCAUGACAGGGAGCUCUGUCAUCUCACGAAAACAUUGUAUAAUGUAUAAUGGCAUGCCAUAGUUACACGGGACUGGCGGGAAAUGUGCAUUGAUACUCCUUCAUUCUUCAUGUUAUGUGGUUUACUUUGAUAGGUGAACUGUCUUUCCCGCGUCAUAGCGCGACAUCCGACGGGUUUUCCCAGAUCGCAUCACAUGUCUAGUCGGUAACAAUGACAGCCGAAAACACGCAGGUCGCUUAGCGAGCAUAUCACCCUGAAGGGAAUCGGGGAUUUACAAAUUGCCCUCAUUGUAAUCCUCAAAAAUGCUGAAUGCCUGCAGAUUUUUCUGUCACUUGGAAAAAAAUCCGUCAAUGUCAGAGAAUCUUCGGUUAACGCAACCUCUGUUACACACACGUACAGGAAUAUCUGAACCACGGCAAUUCAGAGGGGGAUCCGCCCUUCACUAUCUCUGAUUGGUUUAGACCACGAUAUGGGCCUAAUGUGUCUGUUGUUGAAUUACAGGGAGACUUUCAGAGUUGCGGAGACUUUUUGUUCCCUCGAACGGCUUGUCGCUCCGGUGCGACAUCUGAUUACUUUUAGUCCAACCAUUGAAAAAUAAGGUCGCAUUUACGACCCAAUAGGUCGCACUCUAGAGCCCUGCAUAGCAGUUUUUAAGCAUCGUUCUGGUUUUUGUUGUCAAAAUGUCAGAAUACACUGUCAUAUCGUCCAGCUUUGUUACCCGGGUUGGGCGAUAUGACCAAAAAUGUAUUUCACAGAAAAUGUUAUUUUAUGGUGAUGAUGUAUUUCACUGCAACAAUAUCCCACAUUUUGUAUAUAUAUAGAUAUAUAUAUCUAUAUAUAUAUAUAUAUAUAUAUUUAUGUGUGUGUGCUAUAUGUUUCUCAGAUUUAUUAAUUUAUAACACAUAAAUUAAAUGAUCACCAUAGUAAAAGUGAAUGAAAGGAAUAAAAAUUGUAAAAACGCACUGAAUAUGUCAACUGAUUUAGUCCUGAUAUACCCAACCCUGUUUCUAGAAUCAGUUAUAUAAUCAGAUACUCUUUAUUUACAUUUAUCUUAUUAUAUAGUAAACAGAGAUGUACUAAAACACAUAACAAAUAAGUAUGACGUCUGUUUAAACAUACAGUCUGAGUUAAUAUUUGUAUAUGCCAGACAGAUCUCUAGAGAUGGAGAUUAUAAAUGUAAAAGGUGCUAUUAACUGGUGAUCAUAGAGUC